GUUGUAAAGGAUGCCUUAGAUAAAUUUCUGCCUGCCAAUGCCCACCAGCUGGCAUCUGGGAAGCUGCACAUCAUCCUCACCCGCCUGCGUGACUGGAAUUGUGUGACGGUGUCAGAGUUUGCUUCAAAGGAGGACAUCAUUCAGGCCGUGUUAUGCAGCUGCUUCAUCCCUCUGUGUUUUGGCUUUAUUCCUCCUCUGUACCAUGGGGUGCGUUAUAUUGAUGGGGAAUUUGGCAUGGGGAAGACCAACUUCGUGUCCCAGAACACCAUCACCGUGUCUUCUUUAGCCGGCGAAUAUGACAUCUGUCCCAGAGAUUGCCCAGUUCCCUUCUUCACUUUCCCAAUAGUUGAUGGGAUUUUACUGAUAUCAGAACAAAACUUGUAUCGCAUGCAAUGCCUUAUCCAGUGUCCCUCAGCAAAAGUUUGCAAACAGCUUUAUCAUGAUGGCUACCAGGAUGCAGUCUCCUUCUUACACAGGCUGAAUGCAUUUGGUAUCAAAUACCUUCCUGAGGACUUUACCCUUCUGUUGCACAAGGAAUCGUGUCAGGAAGGUGAAGGGACCCUGCACAGGAAGCCAGGAACAGAAGCACUUUGCUCCAGAGCAACAGACCCUCAGGACAUCACCAAGGAGAACACAGCAAGUGCUUGUGCAGCAGAUGAACUGGAGGAAGAAGAUAUGUUUCACCUCCUGCAACCCUCAGGAAGGCUUGGAGCAGGAGGUGGGAUGAUUCUUGUCAUCAGCAAGUGGAGUGGCUGGGGAAAACAGUGGUUGGGCUGUAUGAGCGUGUAAGAUGCCUGAUCCCUUCUGCACUAAUUGCAGUUUGGCUUUUCCUUGGCCGUCAUGUUAAAGCAGGUCAGGCCUGGGUGAGGAGACUGGUGCAAGUAGCACUAAAAACAAAAGCAGCCCAUUUCUCCAAGUGAAAAAAAAACCAAAACCACCCCUGAAUGACUCCGUGAGGACAUGAUCCAUGUCAUCAUGUGAAAUGAUCUCCGUUGUCGUCUGCCACUUCCUGGGAUGGCAAAACCGUGUGGUGUUGGAGAACCCCAGGGCCCACCUGGGAUGGUUACCUAAGGGAACAAGCAUGGGAGUCAUUGAGACGGGGAACCAGAAACCUCAAACAUCCCUUGGGGAUGUUUGCAUUGAAUUGCAUAGGGAUAGCUGCCUGUGGAAUAAAAUCAUUCUCUGCAAGUCCUGUUGCUAGCUGAGUGCAAGGCAGUCUCUUGAACGUUGGAGUGCCACAGAUUUGGAAUCUUUAGCCAAGCUCAAUAUCAGUGACUGAUGGGUGAGAGCUCUCUCUGGGUUUCCCAGCUCUGUACCCUGCCUUCCCUCUGCUCCAUAUCUCACCUCCUGGCCCCAGCUCUCUUAGACAAACCAGGCACCACUGUUCGGAGGAGCUUCUGGAACUGUUUUGCCAUGGAGCUGAUGUCUUCCAGCAGCCCCCACAGCUGCUCCAGCCUGCAAGUGCAAAGUAAGAAGGUUUAAGGUCAGGUAAUUGCAGCAAAAGGUGGAGAAUUUUAACAGAAAAUGUACAUUUUAAUGCUCCUUUCUAGAUUCAAGUGAUCCUGUGCCAGUUUCACUUGCUCACUAAGAGCAAUGGGAGAGGCUGCUGCUAAGCUUAACUUGCAAAGGCAGUAAGUGUGCAUCACCUUUUCCUGGUUCACAGUACAAGAGGGAUUCACAUCAACCUGCUGUGACCAAGCAACAUUGCUGUCCAGAGGCUGCUCUGAGUAUUUCCCAUGGAGCUGCUGCCUGUGCAUCAGCCUCAGCUUUGGUGCCAUUAUCAAGACAUCCUUACCCCUUCCAGACAAAUGCUGGCAGCUUGUACGGCUGCAGGAGGACCUUCGACAGCGGAUCCUGCAGUUUAAACAUCUGCUGCUUCUUCCACCGAGCCAGGUCUGCUCCCAGGAGGACAAUAUAAGAGUAAAUAAAGACCCAUCAUUAGAAAUAACCCAACAAAUGCAACAGUUCCUACUGUCCAGCUCCUGCUGUAGCCCACAGUGAGUGCCCCAUGUCCUCUACCUGGGAGGAAACGUGGUGC